AUGCUCUACAUUUCCGAGUAUAAGCCGCCACACAAGCUGAGCUCUGAGUAUCUGCGUGCCGGUCUGCGCAUCACGGACAUGCACGGGGAAGUGGUGAACCGCAGGACGAUUCCGACUUCGAUAGACCCUGGUACUUAUCAUUACAUGAUCGAAAGUGUCCUUGAAUAUGGUCUGCUGAUUACUGGCGAAGCCAUUGUAUUCCUCAACGUGAAUUGGAAUGACCCUGAGACCCUUUAUUAUCAUCUCGCAGAGCCAGGUCCGGAGGUGACAGCCCAUCCAAACAACCUACAAAUGUGCACGGCUGUCGGUCAAUAUCUAGCGUCCACCCUCAUGGCUCUCCGUUCGCCUGGCGAACGGCAGGAGAUUUGGCAGGAGGAGCGCAUGAAAGCUAGGGAGAAUUCGAAGGGAUUCAAUGAGUCCGGUAUAGGCAUUGAGGCUUGCGUCGGAUGGCCGGCGGGUGGCCGACCUCAACAUGCGCUAUUUUCACCAACGCUACGACGGGGUGUCUGUCUUUGGUCGUGAAUGUUACUAGAAACACCCUUGGAGACGAUUGAGUUUUGGAAGCAUGGUCUACUUCCGCUUUAUUGAAGUUAGCUUUGUGGACAAAGCUCUGUGAAAAGUUGUUGGAGCUCAUUGAAAUAGGGAAGGUAGAAAAUGUGGUGUCAUCGAUGCUGUCCAAGAAACUUACCUUUACUCGCCUGGCCGACCACCAUAAGACCCUUAAACAUCUGUG